AGGUUGCCCGUGCCUUUGGCUACGGCGUGGCUUUUGCACCCUCUGUGCCGGAGGCGAGGGUGGUCCUCUGUUGAGUUGAGUGCUGUCCUAGAUCCUAUGUGAUGGAGUCUGUGGAUAGUGAAUCAAAACAUAGCUAUAUUGGAAGUUUUCUUCAGCCUCCAGAUAAAAUAAAAUCUGCUUUUGCUGAUCUCAAGCCAAAAAGUGUUAUCAGCUGCCCACCAAACAACCAAGCUUUAGUGGCAGCCCUAAAAACUCUUCAAGAAAAGAUCUGUCGUCUUGAGAUAGAGAGGAUACAGGCUGAAAAUGACCUGAACUGCUUAUCCAGAGAAGCUGCACAAUAUAGAAAAGCUUUGCAGCAGGAAUCAAAUGAAAAGAACAUAGUUCACCCGGAGCUGAUGGAAGAAAGGAAAGAUGUGAGUGCACAAUUAAGGGCAGCACAAUCGCGCUGCUCUUUGCUAGAAAAACAACUUGAUUACAUGAGAAAAAUGGUGCUCAAAGCAGAGCUGGAAAAAAAACUGGUUCUGGAGCAGCAGACGCAUCUUCAGAAGGAAGAUGACCAAAAUCAGAUGGAACUUUGUGCAAAACUGGAAAAACUUGAAAUUCUAGAAAAGCAGUGUUGGACUCUUAUUAGCACUCAGAAAACUGCAGAAGAAAAGAUAAAACAUUUGGAACAGAAACUUCUGGAGGAACAGCACCAGCGCAAGCUAAUACAAGAUAAAGCUGCACAGCUCCAGACAGGUGUUGAAAUGAACAGAAUUCUCCUGUCCUCACUUUCACCUGAAAAAGAGGUGAAGAAGAAAAGCAGGAAAAAGAAAGUCAUCAAGAAUAAUUCUAGUAUGAAGAGAACACAGUCGAGCUUUCAGGGUGGAAUGUUGCCUUUUGUUGCCGGCAAGUCUGCCAGCUCAAGUCACUCUGUUGUUGCAAAUGUACAAAGUGUCCUGCAUAUGAUGAAAUACCGUAGCCCUUGUAUGACUUCACAAUGUCCAGAAGGCACUGAAAAGAGGACUUCAAGAUGGCCUGGCAUUUGCAAACCAGCGUCUUGUUCCACGACUUCCUCUGCUACUGAAAGUCUUUCUGAUCUUCUUCUGGGUAUGCAAGAUGAGUUGGGACAAAUGAGUUUUGAACAUCAAGAACUAUCAAAGCAGAUAGAGGAAAGUCAAAACCAAGACAUUCGGGAAGACCUAGAACGUGAAUUGGAUUGUCUUGUGAAGCAGAUGGAAAUUAAAGGAGAACAGAUUUCAAAACUGAAAAAGCAUCAGGAUCAUGUUUAUAAACUGAAGCAAAGAGCUCAAAAACUGAAGAGAGAGCCAGCAUGUUCAGCAUCGAGGCCUAAUGAAUUAAAAGGAAGCAAAGAGACUGUAAUCCCUCCAAGUAUCUCUUCUACAAAUAAAACCACAAAUUCCCUUCGGCUAUUAAAAAGUGCUCAGAAGAUUCAAUCAGUAUUGAAGAAAGAUGAUAUUGUGUGGGAAUCAUAGGUUCCACAUCUGAUUUCAUACAUCACUCUCUGCUGAGAUUUGAUUUGUGUUAGUGGUAUACCCAUUAAUACUGAGAAUAAAAUGUCGGGUAAAUAAA